UAGUUUACAGCCCAUCUCCUUCCCUCUGCCUGUGCUAGUGCUGGAGCUCGUGUUAACAGGAGAACUGCCGAUGACUGCUCUCACCCAGGAAGGAGCGAACUGUCUCUCUGAUUCAGGCAAUAAUUCACUAUUACGAUGACUUCUCAUGCAUCCUGAAGUGAUUUGCUUUAAAACUCUGCUGCCAUGGGAGUUGGAGCUGCUUCGGAAGUGACAGGGGAGAAACGGAUACUUCCUACAUGUCCUUAAACAAUGUGCAGACAGGAGAAGCCCAUGAAAUUUGUCACCUGGAUCUGGAUGACAUCCUGCAACAAAAUGAUUGGAGUGCUGCUUGUCUUCUUCCCUGCUAUCUUCCUAGAGAUAGACAUCCUCCCCAGAAACACUGGCAGAAAGAUCUUACUGUCAGGGGCUUCUUCCCAGCGAUCGGUAGCUAGAAUGGAUGGAGAUGUCAUCAUAGGUGCCCUCUUCUCGGUCCAUCACCAGCCACCAGCUGAGAAAGUGCCAGAGAGGAAGUGUGGGGAAAUCAGAGAGCAAUAUGGCAUACAGAGAGUCGAAGCCAUGUUUCACACUUUGGAUAAAAUUAACUCAGAUCCGGUGCUACUGCCCAAUAUCACACUGGGCAGUGAGAUCAGAGAUUCCUGCUGGCAUUCCUCGGUAGCUCUGGAGCAGAGCAUUGAGUUCAUAAGGGACUCCUUGAUCUCCAUAAGAGACGAUAAAGAUGGAAUCAAUCGGUGUAUAUCUGAAGCCCAAUCCCAACAUCAGGCCAGAGUCAAAAAACCUAUUGCGGGGGUCAUUGGUCCAGGCUCUAGCUCGGUUGCUAUCCAAGUGCAAAAUCUGCUCCAGCUCUUUGAUAUCCCUCAGAUUGCUUAUUCUGCAACAAGCAUUGACCUGAGUGACAAAACUUUAUAUAAAUACUUCCUGAGGGUGGUCCCUUCUGACACGCUGCAAGCCAGGGCCAUGCUUGACAUAGUCAAACGAUACAAUUGGACCUAUGUAUCUGCAGUCCAUACUGAAGGAAAUUAUGGGGAGAGUGGAAUGGAGGCCUUCAAAGAGUUGGCUGCCCAAGAAGGUCUAUGCAUUGCUCACUCUGACAAGAUCUAUAGCAAUGCCGGGGAAAAGAGCUUUGAUCGGCUGCUGCGGAAGCUCCGUGAAAGGCUACCCAAGGCCAGAGUUGUGGUUUGUUUCUGUGAAGGGAUGACAGUGAGGGGAAUCCUUAUAGCCAUGAGACGCCUUGGAGUACUUGGGGAACUCCAGUUAAUUGGAAGUGAUGGCUGGGCAGACAGAGAUGAAGUUAUUGAAGGGUAUGAGCCUGAAGCAAAUGGGGGUAUCACUAUCAAACUACAGUCUCCAGAAGUCUUGUCAUUUGAUGACUAUUACCUGAAGUUACGUCUGGACACCAAUACCCGAAAUCCCUGGUUUCCUGAAUUCUGGCAGCACAGAUUCCAGUGUCGCAUUCCAGGGCAUCCUCUAGAGAACCCCAACUUUCAAAAGAACUGCACUGGUAAUGAGACUUUGGAAGACAGCUACGUCCAGGACAGCAAAAUGGGAUUUGUCAUCAAUGCAAUAUAUGCUAUGGCGCAUGGGCUUCAAAAUAUGCACCUUUCCCUUUGCCCAGGACAUGUUGGGCUGUGUGAUGCUAUGAAGCCCAUCGAUGGUAGCAAACUCUUGGAAUUCCUCAUAAAAUCUUCAUUUAUUGGUAUUUCGGGAGAAGAAAUUUGGUUUGAUGAAAAGGGAGAUGCACCUGGAAGGUACGACAUCAUGAAUCUGCAGUAUAUAAAGCCUAACCAUUAUGAUUAUGUCCUCAUUGGAACCUGGCAUGAAGGAGUAUUGAAUAUUGAUGACUACAGGAUUCAGAUGAACAGAAGUGGAAUAGUCCGGUCAGUGUGUAGUGAACCUUGUCUGAAGGGUCAAAUUAAGGUCAUCAGGAAAGGGGAGGUGAGCUGCUGCUGGAUUUGCACUCCUUGCAAAGAGAAUGAAUUUGUGCAAGAUGAGUUCACAUGCAAAGCCUGUGACCUAGGCUGGUGGCCUAAUGUUGUCUUGACAGGCUGUGAACCCAUCCCUGUAAAGUAUCUCCAGUGGAGCAAUAUAGAGUCUAUUGUGGCUGUGGUCUUCUCCUGCCUGGGGAUCCUGGUCACCAUGUUUGUCACCCUUAUCUUUGUGCUCUACAGGGACACCCCUGUUGUCAAAUCCUCCAGUCGGGAGCUCUGCUACAUUAUACUUGCUGGCAUCUUUAUGGGUUACAUUUGCCCCUUCACCCUUAUAGCUAAGCCCACUAUCACUUCCUGCUACCUCCAGCGCCUUUUGGUGGGCCUUUCCUCUGCCAUGUGCUACUCUGCCCUUGUGACCAAAACCAACCGCAUUGCACGUAUCCUGGCAGGCAGCAAGAAAAAGAUUUGCACCCGCAAGCCACGUUUCAUGAGUGCUUGGGCACAGGUGCUCAUUGCUUCUAUUUUGAUAAGUGUGCAGCUGACACUGGUGGUCACACUGAUCAUCAUGGAGCCCCCUAUGCCCAUCCUCUCCUACCCCAGCAUCAAGGAAGUCUACCUGAUCUGCAACACCAGCAAUCUAGGUGUGGUGGCCCCAGUGGGCUACAAUGGACUCCUCAUUAUGAGCUGCACCUAUUAUGCCUUCAAGACUCGCAAUGUGCCCGCCAAUUUCAAUGAAGCCAAGUACAUUGCCUUCACCAUGUACACCACUUGUAUCAUCUGGCUGGCCUUUGUGCCUAUUUACUUCGGGAGCAACUACAAGAUCAUCACCACCUGCUUUGCUGUGAGCCUCAGUGUAACAGUGGCCUUGGGGUGCAUGUUCACUCCCAAGAUGUACAUCAUCAUCGCCAAGCCGGAGAGGAAUGUCCGCAGUGCCUUCACCACCUCAGAUGUGGUGCGUAUGCAUGUUGGGGAUGGCAAGGCACCCUGCAGGUCCAACGCUUUCCUCAGCAUAUUCCGAAGAAAGAAGCCGGGGGUUGGAAAUCCGAAGUGAGUAAUGUAUACAUGUCUGUUUUUCUCUCCCUGUCUGUCCCAUUUUCCCAUUUUCCAAUACUGGCCUGCAGUACAUUGCUU